AUGGCUCCUUAUGAGGCAUUAUAUAGAAGGAGACGAGAACCUCAGGAAUUGUACGCUGGUAAGUGUGGAAAGUUAAGUCCUCGCUUUAUAGGUUCUUAUGAGAUUAUAGAGAGGAUCAUACCAGUUGCUUAUCACUUAGCAAUACCUCCAGAGUUAUCACAAAUCCAUGAUGUCUUUCAAGUAUCCAUGUUAAGAAGAUACAAAAGUGACCCUUCUCAUAUUCUCCAGAAGCAACCAAUCGAGUUGAGAGAAGAUCUAACAUAUGAGGAAGAACCAGUGGAGGUCAUUGAUAAAGAAGAGAAAGUCUUGAGGAACAAAGCAAUUCCUUUUGUUAAAAUUCAUUGGAGCAAUCAUUCAAAGAAAGAAGCUACUUGGGAAAGAGAAGAGGAUAUGCGAGCUUAG